AAACCGAGCCAGUGACCACAUCAGCCUGGGAAGCUCCGCCGGCUGAGAGACUGCUGGCUCAUCCAUCGUCCCAAUCCAAUUCGGCCCAUCGAUAAUUUACACGUUUUAAGGGCAGUUAUUAUAUUCAGUCGUCAUCUGUUAAUCUCGUUUUUGCUCCUCGCUCACAAUGGCCGAUCCUAAAUACGCAAACUUGCCAGGAAUUGCAUUUAACGAGCCGGACGUGUACGAGACCGGUGACCUCCCAGAAGAUGACCAGGCUCAGUUUGAGUCGGAGGAGCUUUGCAGUGACAGCGUGGAGAGGAUUGUGGUCAACCCCAACGCAGCCUACGACAAGUUCAAAGACAAGCAUGUCAGCACCAAAGGACUUGACUUCUCAGACCGAAUCAGUAAAAGCAGAAGAGUGGGCUAUGAGUCAGGAGAAUUUGAGAUUCUUGGAGAGGGCUGUGGGGUGAAGGAGACGCCUCAGCAGAAGUAUCAGCGCCUGGUAAAUGAGAUCCAGGAACUCACUCAGGAGGUGGACUCAAUCCAGGCUGCUACAAAGGAAAGUAAUGCAGAGGAGCGCCUCACCCCGGUGGUACUUGCCCAGCAGGCAGCCCAGCUGAAACAACAGCUGGUUUCUGCCCAUCUCGACUCACUGCUGGGACCACAAGCACACAUCAACCUGGCUGACCCAGAUGGAGCUCUGGCCAGGCGUCUGCUCACCCAGCUGGAAGCGGCCAAGGGCAGCCGUGGCAGCACUGCAGGAGACACCAAGCCGACAGCAUCGACUAAGGGCCCAGAUGGAGUGGUGCUCUAUGAGUUACACAGCAGACCAGAGCAGGAAAAAUUCAAUGAGUCUGCCAAGAUGGCGGAAUUGGAGAAGCGUCUAGCUGAGCUGGAGAUAGCUGUUGGCUCAGGAUCAGAAAAGCAGGGACCUCUGAGUGCUGGCGUGCAAGGAGCCAGUUUGAUGGAUACCAUAGAGGUCCUGCAGGCAAGGGUCAGUGCACUGGACUCUGCUACUCUGGAUCAAGUGGAAGCAAGACUGCAGAGUGUCCUCGGAAAGAUGAAUGAGAUUGCUAAGCACAAGGCAGCGAUUGAGGACGCUGAUACACAAAACAAGGUGUCACAGCUGUAUGACGUGGUGCAGAAGUGGGAUGCCGUGUCCACUUCUAUACCUCAGGUGGUGCAGAGGCUUGUUGCUGUCAAGGAGCUGCAUGAACAAGCCAUGCAGUUUGGCCAGCUGCUGACCCACCUGGACACCACUCAGCAGAUGAUCAACAACUCUCUGAAGGACAAUAACACCCUGCUAACACAGGUCCAGCAGACGAUGAAAGAAAACCUGGUGGCUAUAGAAGAGAACUUUGCUGCUCUAGAUCAGAGGAUGAAGAAGCUUUCUAAAUAAACAGUGGCAGAUUUUGGACCGGUCCGGGAGAGAGUAGAACAUGGACAAUUUAGAGUUGGCUAGAGAGCACAGAUGGGGGAGGAAGGAUUGGGGUUUAGCGCUGUCCUUUCUGCCACCCCUCUCUUGCUCUCUACUUCUGCCUCUGCCUUUUUUCACUAAGUGGAAUGUUAGAAAGUUGGAAAAGAUGGAAUAACAAAAAAAAAAUGGAGACCAAAUGUUCUUGUCCCACCCUUUUUUCCUCUUCUUUUCUCUUGCAUCAACCUGGUGUCAACUGAAACACAUUUGACCAGUCUACAUGCCACUGAUUGCAGCCCCCUUAUUAAGUUUAAUGACUUUUAGACUGGAUUGUUAUAAUUAUUAGUAUUAAAACAUAGGGAAUUAUUCCAAAUCUUUUGGGAGCUUCACACUAUUCCUGGAUUUGUACUGUAAACCUUGGUCAAAUUAAAUGGAUCACAGUAACAUUGAGUUGCUAGGUGACACAUUUAAGGUGUUGUCGACUGUGUAAAACUCCAAAUCUACUGUCCCAUAUUGUUGUAGCAGGAGCACGUUUGUGCGAGUGUCAGGGCCAUGUCAUGGAAGGAAAGCUUGUAAAUAUGCCUGCGUACUUUUAUUGUUUCCUCACGCUCAGUCGCUUGUAACUAUAUUAUUAUGACUGAGACCAGAUGCCACAGACAAACUUUUAAUCUGCUUUGUCAUUGCCUACAAGUCAACUGUAUUGUUCAUCUGUGGUCAUGGAAACUGAUCAAUAAAACAAACUGCGAUAAA